GUUCACUAAUCCUUAUACAAGCCUCUUUACACGAAAACUGAUAGUAUUCUGUCCAUUCUAAAGACCCAGGACCAGUGAUAGAAUAUAUUUAUCUGGAGUGAUACCCUCACCAUUCUCAUAAACUAUGUCUCGUCCAGUUUUACGCUCGCUACAGCUAUUGGGCUCGCGCAACGCACACAAUCUACACCACACUUCUCCAAUCCGGCCUCACGUUACGCCACACGCCACCCACCGCCGCGCUUUCAGUGGGCCAGCUCUCAUCCUAAGCAUCACAGGAAUCGCUCUCACAUCCUACACCCUUGGGUCCCUCUUCCCUCCAACUCUUCUCACUUUCCUAUCCCCACGCAUCGCACCGCCACCACCCGACCCAUCACACCCCGAUGCAAUUUCCUACGUCGAGUCCUUAGAAGAAACUUUGCAAUCCCUUCCACUUCUAUUACAACACCGAGAGGCAACGGAAGCGGCGGGAGAAGAUUGGUAUGAGACGAGACCAUAUUUGAAGGUUCCGGAGGAGAGGAGAGUGAAUAGUUUGACGGCGGGGGCGUUGAGGGGACCGGGAAGGUUGGCCUUACCGCCGUUAGUGAGGGCGAAGAGAGACGAGAGCGAGGGAUGGGUGUUCGUGCAUGUGGGGAGAGGACUGUGUGGACAUGAUGGAGUUAUUCAUGGAGGUUUGUUGGCGACGUUGUUAGACGAGAGUUUGGCGAGAGUGGCCAUCCUUAACCUCCCGGAGAAGAUCGGUGUAACUGCAAGGCUUAACAUCAAUUAUAAAGCUCCAACGCUCGCAGACCAGUUUAUCGUCUUGAAGAUCAAGUUAGUCGAGGCCAAAGGCCGCCGGACAAAAGUCGUAGGCACGGUCGAAGACCUGUCCGGCAAAUUACUCGUAGAAGCAGAUGCCCUCUUCGUCCAGCCCCGCUACGCACAACUUCUGAACUCAUCUGCCAUCGCCAAGGUCAUGGGCGAGCCUGGAGAUGGUGUGCGCGUACCUGGCAAGAUCGGUGCUGAUAAGUCUGGAGGGGAGGGGAGAAGAGAAGUGGGGGAGGCUAUGAUGGAGGGUGAGGGCGAGUCGAAGAAUGGAGUUAACGGUUUGGGGAACAAGGAGGCGGGAGAGAUCGCCCCGAGCGGACAGGGGAAGUGGUGGAGGUUCCGAUAGCGCGCAUAGGACUGGCCCAACAGUCCGAGAAUUAUAUUGCGCUUCUUCCUGGCUUAAUCACCGCCUCGGUCCCUCCUAUACUUGGAGUAUCUAGUUCUCCAAGCGCGUCAAUACGACGCCCAGAACUGUGUGGGCCACAAUGCUCAACACCGUCGGGGCCACUGAUGGCAGGUUUGAUUUGCGUCGGCAAAUGCCGAGCAUUGUGGCCCCCGAACCCGCAAGUGAUGAUAAGAAUUCCUCCGCAC